CUCCUUCUAGCUCACAACAACUCUCUCCAAUUGAGAAAAAGAUUAAAGCUUGAAUCUUUAAACAUGGCUUUGAGUUUGAUGAUGGAAGACCCACUUUGCCAAUUUGAAGAUUACUUCCCUUCAAUGAUUCAAAUGAUGGGUGCAGAGGAAUUCAUGAGAGAACUCUGUUAUGGGUUUUGUCUUUUGAUGGAUAUUGAGAAAGGUUUAAUAACAUUUGAGAGCUUGAAGAUGAAUAGUGUUGUAUUGGGUUUGGAAGAUAUGAGAGAUGAUGAUAUUAUUUGUAUGUUGGCUGAAGGAGAUUUGGAUGGAGAUGGAGCUCUUAAUCAAAUGGAGUUUUGCAUUCUUAUGUGUAGAUUGACUCCUGGACUUAUUGAUGAUCAUCAUCAUCAUCAUUCCAAAUCAUCAUCUAUGGAUAUUGAUAAUCAAUUUGUCUAUUGAACAUAUAAGAAUGAUAAUGAUAAUGAUAAUAAUAAUAAUAAUAAUGAUAGUGUUCUCUCCCAAUGGUUGGGAUUUAAGCUAAUAAAUGUCUUUUUGUUUGAUUUAAUAAUUUGUAAUCUUUCCCCAUUGUUGAAUGAGCUUGAUAGAUAGCUUAAUCAAUCUAUUUCAUGUAUAUUGUAAUCAAUUUGUGGAAUAAUUAUCAUUUAGUGGUUCAUCUCUUCA